GAGACAGGACAAAAACCCAAAUUGACAUACAGGUGUGACAUCUCUUUCACUUUCGCUUUCUCAUUUCCUGCUUCACUGGACUUGUUUUGAGAGGACUGCGGCCGGAGUGCAACGUCUCCGUUAAUAAAUUCGUGUGUGUUAUAGCUCAGGUAAACAUUUAUCAGUGGUCUUCAAUCACAUUCAGUCGGCCUAUACGUCGAGUAUGUUGAAGAGGACAACACAUAUCCUCUUCGGUUGUCGGACCUGCUGAAAACUCCUUAACUCCAGACCGCACACAAAAUGGAUUUCCAGAAGCUCCUCUUAGAUGUGGGGAAGGCCCUGAGUAAGGACGAGGUAAAAGCUUUAUCAUUCCUUUGCACUGACAUCCUGAACCGAAACCCGACCUGCGUGGAGUCGGCCGGUGACCUCUUCUCUCGUCUGGGGGAUAAAGACCACCUCUCCGCUGAGCGCCCAUACCUGCUGACUGAGCUUCUCAUCAUCAUCCAACGCACCCGACUGAUACGUGACCUCGGCCUCUCUGACAGAGCAUCUGAAACCAGGAGCCUCAUCUCACCUUACAGGACGCUGCUUUACAACCUGUCUGAGGAGAUUAAUGAUGCUGAGUUGAAAGAUGUGAAGUUCUUGUUAAACAACUAUCUUCCACGUAGAAAACUGGACGAAAAUGUUUCUACACUGGAACUCUUCCUGGAGAUGGAGCACAUGGAACUCAUCAGUGACAAUAAUCUAAAUUUACUGGAGACCAUAUUUCAGUCAGUCUGUCCCAUGUUGAAUGUCAAGAUCAGCCAGUUUAAAGCACUGCAGGUAACUCAGACCAGUCCUGUAGCUCAAGAAUCAUAUCGACCGAGGUCGAAAUCGUACCCUGUGUUACCAGACAAGGCCCCUCAAUCUUUAAAUCCAGAGAGGACUGCCUCGUGUGAGCUGCCAGAAGAAUUUGCACCGUUGGCUGAGUCAAACAUGAAUACUUCCAGCACCUCUGUGGAUUUAGACGCAAAUGUGUUUCAUGGUGGAGACGACUGUGUGGCCCUGUCGCAUCAACUGAGUGGUUUGAACACUGAAACAAGCCCCUGUGCCUCCUUGGACGGUCAUUUAGAUGUUCAAGAAAACAAGGUCUCCUCUGAAACACAGAUGCCUCAGACUACAAACACAAACAACGAGGCUUUGGGAAUAUAUCCCAUGACUGCAGCCAAGAGGGGUAUUUGCUUGAUAGUAAACAACUACAACUUCAAUUCCGAUUCUCACCAAAAGCGGGAAGGGACCAUCCUCGAUGAAGAGUGUCUGGACAAAGUGUUUGCGUGGCUUGGCUUUGUGGUCGAGAUAAAGAGGGAUUGUAAGUCGGAGGAGAUGCUGUCUGUGUUGCGGGAGCUCGGCAGCAGAAACCAUAGUCUGAUGGACUGUCUGGUAUGCUGCAUUCUCAGCCACGGCAAGGAGGGAUGUGUGUUCGGCGUGGACGGCAACCACGUUCCGAUUAAGGAGCUGACGAAACCUUUCAAUGGGUUAAAUUGCACCUCUUUGGCAGACAAACCUAAGCUGUUUUUUAUCCAGGCCUGCCAGGGCACCAUCGAGCAGAAGGCUGUCAACAUUUGUACUGAUGGUCCUGCACGCAGCGAUGAUUCCAUCCCAUCCGAUGCAGAUUUCCUGCUGGGAAUGGCCACCGUUCCUUCUUUUGUCUCUUUCAGAGACAUAAAAAAGGGCACGUGGUAUAUUCAGUCAUUGUGCCAAAACCUUGUCCAGAUGGUGCCAAUGGGUUCGGAUCUGGUGUCUAUCCUGACAAAAGUAAAUGCAGAUGUUAGCCAGAUGACCAAAUCCGUCGGAGUAAGAAAGCAGAUGCCUCAACCAGCGUUCUCUCUGAGGAAGAAAGUGGUCUUUCCGAUCCCUGAAGCCCCUCCUCCCAGCCUGCCGCACUGAUGACAACAAUCCGCUGCGUGUUUGAUAGACCAGAUGAUCCCUGAGACACUAGUGUUUUUGUCUUACAUUACCACGUUCAGUGAUAAUUCAGAUGGAUACAUUGUUAUAUCGCAGUAUUUUCAUAACAAUACCUGAGCCAGCUCCAUAUUGAAUGCAUUUUGAAUGUAGACAUUUGUCACAAUUAUUCUUAAUUUUAUACCUCGUCUGAUUCACAACGGGCACACGCAUGUUCAACUCCCUUCCCCUAUUUACAUUUUUAAUGUUGAACUUCAAUGAACUGUUUGAGCUAAUCAUUCACAUUGAUCCCGAUGUAAGUGCAACAACCAACAUCCUCUUCAUUAUUUCUAUUUUAUUUUUUAUGUAAUUUCAGACAUGAAUGUGAUGGUAUUAUUGUUACCAUUUAAAGAAAACAUAUCACUGUAUACAAACGGCUGUCACACAUCAGAAAUUCCUGCAAUCUUACAAAGUAAAAUACAUACAUUUUCUAUCAAUGAUGCAAUAAAUGAUAUAUGCACUGCCAUUGUGAAA